UAGCCAAUAGGAGGCGACGUUUUUUGUUACAGCGUGAGGUCAAGAGUUACAGAAAUGGAGGCGCUCAAAACGUAAACAGUAGCUUGCUCUUUUGGAGGACAGCUCACAGUUAUGGGCCUGUUGUCGCGGACAGUGGAGUCCGUGUUAAAGCAGAGGGAGGGGAGCCGCAGACACUUCUGGGGCUGGCUCAAUGCUGUUUUUAACAGGGUGGACUAUGAGCGGAUCAAAGCGAUUGGUCCGGACCGAGCUGCAGCAGAGUGGCUGCUGAGAUGUGGUGCCAAAGUGCGGUUCGAAGGUUUCGAACGCUGGCAUCACGACUACAACGGACUCCCAACGGGGCCCCUGGGCAGACACAAGAUCCAGGCAAUCGACGCCACAGAAUCCUGCAUCAUGUACAGAGGGUUCGACUACCUGGAUGGCUUGAAAUAUGUGGAGGAAAUUAAAUUCAACAAGUGUAUCUACAUCGAGGACGUCUGCCUGGAACGGCUGAGUUCGAUAGAGAACCUGCAGGCCAGCCUCUACAUGAUGGAGGUGGUGUCAUGUGGAAACGUGACCGACAAGGGCCUUGUUGCUCUCCACAGACUCAAGAACUUGGAGUAUCUGUUUCUGAGUGAUCUCCCAGGAAUCAAAGACAGGCACGCCACAGUCGAGAGGCUCCAGAAGGCGCUUCCACGUCUGGACGUAGCGCUGGACCUGGACUGAUUCCAGAGCAGUUCAGGCACUCCUCACCCAUUAUUUACAAGUUUAUUUAAAGUUAAUCAGCUUAUGCUUGUGAAAACGUUUAGGACUUUGUCAUUUGUAAUAUCUUAUGUUGAAUACUUUGGCAUUUUGUCGAUGCAGACGAUGGAGAAUGGGAACUAAUGAAUGCUUGUAAUAGGAAUGGUUGCAGCUGUG